AUGGAGGCGAUGGAUUUGCCAACAAGGAGUGCCAGUUUUCGCCCUGUCAUCAAAUGCUCUCAAUGCGGUAGCGACAUUGCACUGGAUGCAGUAGCCGCCCACCAGUGCUCAACAACCAGUCCGACUUCCAGCACGGCAUUCCCUCCAUUAUCUACGUCUAGUACAAUCCCUCCACCACUUCCUCGUACAGACUCGUCCAACAGUCUGAAAAACAUCAGACAACAACGUCCGCUGUUGCCCAAGAUUGAUCCUGCUGCUGCAUUUCGGCCACCAGUGUAUCCUGGAGAGCUUACACCUGGUAGCAGUGGCCACAGCUCCAUGGUUUCCCCUCUAAGCGCAUCUUCUGGCUCAAGGUCACCAUUCUCAAACCUUCGCAAGGGCUCGUUACCCGGCCCACGCCGACCACCUUCACCCGAACUCACAAACCUCGAUUGUGCCUUCCCACCGUUCCCAACCGCCAACAAGCCGGUUGCAUCUAAGAGGAGGGAAAGAGCAGUGACCCAACACAGCGACUCCAAACGUUCGCGGUCAAGAGAUACGUCGAGAAACUUUAGGCAGCCCAAGUUGGCGCCUCCACCUCUAGCCAGGGCUGCAACAUCAGACAAUUUUGCACAGAUUCCACCCGAAAGACCCAAUCCUGACAAGUACUCCCGUCCGUCUACCGCCUCUAGUCACAGAAAUGCAUCUAUCAGCACGAACGGCGAAAGCACCAAGGCCAGCAAUGAUGAACUUGGAGAUUCGGUCGAUCUUUCACAUUCCCAGACGUUGAGUCGGACUGGGGACCAGCAUGAUACGACUAACAACAUGCCCUUUUCUGCACCUCUUUCCAAGACGGCCACAGAACCAGACUUGUCACGAGGGAGGGCAAUGGAUCCAAAUCUCAAUGCUUUCGAUUUCGGCGAUACACAGAACGAGCCUUUGAGCCAGAGCCAUGCUGCAGCCCCUUCAGGUGUUGCUGAGCCGUCUUACAAAUCCAAAAGACCCUCACCUAUCAAUAGUGAUCGUCAGGCAUCAGCUCUGCCCCAACUCAACGGUCCAACUACCCCACAACCAACCUCAGCUGGGGUGUUUUCGAAAAGUUUGGGGAGAUUGUUUGGGAGGCGUAGAUCGCAGUCGGCCACUUCGAGGAGAGAGGUUGCCCGACAAGCACUGAGUGAUGAGCCGGACGAGUAUACUGUUCAACCAAUGGACCGACCUGCUUUGAGCCCCAAUAGCGAGAGGUCUCUUAUCACUGGAGAGCCGUCCCCAACAACUAUUCCGUCCCCCCUCAGGUCUCCAGCACCGGCAUCGAGUGUAGAGGAGGCCCUCAGGCAGUUGUCUGGACACGAAGAGUCCUUGAGCACUCUCGAAACGCAGGCUGCUGCUUCCAUGGCAGCUCCAGUGGUCGUGGUCGAGCCCGCCCAGGAAGCUGGUUCGACCUCGAUCCUAUCCACUUCCCCUGAAGUAGUGGAUCGUGCAGCACUACCGGUCAUUAUGGAGAUGGAAACAGAAGCGAGGCUUAGGAACUCGCAUGAUGUCCAAAGGGCUUCGAUCGAUUCUGCAUCAUCCUAUGGAUCAGUGGGAUUUUCUGAGCAUUCCAUAAGUACACGUUCCAGCUCUCCACAAGCCGAUGCUCCCAGUGCCAGCUCGGUCGAGGGUGCCUAUUCUAGCUUGGUCAAAGCAGCCGAUGCGGAUGUUCCAGCCCCAUUGAGACCGAGAGUCCCUACAGUGCCAGCUUUGGCACCCGGGCCGAUGUUGGAAGUUGAACCGUUGAAAAAGGGACGAUCUUCGUUCAUUGAAGAAACCGAGGGUCCUCAGAAUGAUAUUCCCAACGUACUUGUUACACCGACCAGCAACAAGGAUGCGGUGGCUUCGAAUGCGUCCGAACCGGAGCCGUCUUGGGCACCACGAAGUACAAGCAAAGGUACAGCGCCUAACAAAGGCAUCUGCCGCGGGUGUAACCAGACGAUUCAAUCGACGCAAAAGUCCGUGUCAAGUGCCGAUGGUCGGUUGAGUGGACGGUAUCACAAGGAAUGUUUUGUGUGCUGGAUGUGCAAAUCGCCAUUCCCGACGGCGGAGUUUUAUGUGUAUUCGGACCACCCAUAUUGCGGGCAUCAUUAUCAUGAAUUGGAAGACUCGCUGUGCGCAACAUGCGGACUGGGGAUUGAAGGGCUAUACAUGGAAACACACAACGUGGCGGGCCGCGGACGAGAGAAACAUCAUCCGGAUUGUCUCAAGUGUACGACAUGCCAAGUUCGACUUGACCACGAUUAUUUCGAACUCUCUGGAAAGGUCUACUGCGAAAGAGAUGCAUUCCGGCUGGCGACCAUGCCCAAGCCACAUGAAAACGCCCCUACUCGACCAAGUCCAUUGAUUCGAGAGUACAUCAGCAGCGGAGAUCCGGGCCUCAUCAAAGGCCGGAAUUUCCCGGAAAGAAGAAUAACUAGACUAAUGAACAUGACCUAA